AUGAUGUUUCUUCCCAAUACCUCAGAAGUUGAAAUUUCUACAUUCCUAUUGAUUGGGAUUCCAGGGCUCGAGCGUGUGCACAUUUGGAUCUCCAUCCCCAUCUGCCUCAUGUACCUUGUGGCCAUUCUGGGCAACUGCACCAUCCUAUUUGUUAUCAGAUCAGAAUCUUCCCUCCAUGAGCCCAUGUACUAUUUUCUUUCUAUGUUGGCCCUAUCUGACUUGGGCCUGUCUUUCUCCUCCCUCCCCACUAUGCUAAGGAUUUUCUUAUUCAACAUCAUGGGGAUUUCUGCUGAUGCAUGCAUUGCCCAGGAAUUUUUCAUUCAUGGAUUCACAGAUAUGGAGUCUUCAGUGCUCUUGAUCAUGUCUUUUGAUCGUUUGAUAGCUAUCCGCAACCCCCUGAGAUACAAUGCCAUCCUAACCAGCACCAGAGUUGUGCAAAUUGGACUGGCAUUUGCUAUUAAAAGCAUUCUCCUAGUACUUCCUCUUCCUUUUACUUUAAAGAGACUCAGAUACUGUAAUAAACGCCUAUUAUCCCACUCCUACUGCUUCCACCAGGAUAUCAUGAAGUUAGCCUGUUCUGACAACAGGGUUAAUUUUUACUACGGUCUGUUUGUUGCACUUUGCAUGAUGUCAGACAGUGUGUUCAUUGCCAUUUCCUAUGUGUUCAUCUUGAAGACUGUAUUGGGUAUUGCAUCCCAUGGGGAGAGGCUCAAAGCUCUGAAUACAUGUGUUUCUCACAUCUGUGCCGUGCUCAUCUUCUAUGUGCCCAUCAUCACAUUGGCCACCAUGCAUCGCUUUGGCAAGCAUAAAUCCCCUUUAGCUAUGAUUCUGAUAGCAGAUGCAUUCUUGCUGGUACCACCCCUGAUGAAUCCCAUUGUGUAUUGUGUGAAAACUCGGCAGAUUAGAGUGAAAGUCCUAGAAAAACUAGGUUUAAAGCCUAAAUGA